AUGUUUCGGGACUAAAUGUGCCACAUGAGCAACACAAAGACACAGAAGCAAAUAAUCGCAUUCGUCGGUACUUAGCGGCUUACUUGGCCAACGGCUGCGAAACCCUGACACGAUCGUCAGUGACUUCCCAAAAUAGCGCGCCCCGGGUGCGGUCCACGGUCCCAAACCCAGAAUAGACGAGCGGACAUCCUCCCACUCACUCCAAACACAUUCUUCCACUGCCCAGGCAACCCCCGGAAGUGAUCGGCCUCUCGUUAUUCUGCCAUGGCAUCCACACUCACAGUCGAAACACCUCAGCAACCGAAAUCUCGGAGCGUAAGCAAGAACAGCUCCAUCAAUAGCCUCUACACGGAGGGAAGCAAUGUCGAGAGCGGCUACAUGUGCGCGCUUCAGGAGCGACUGCUCGCCGAGUGCGCCAACCUGACCAAAGACAGUGACUGGCAGCACGCUCUCGUACUCGAAAUCGGCUGCGGGUGCGGCGACACCACGAGGCAACUGUCGGACCGCCUUUCUCCACUCCUCGUUCACGGUGUUCUCGGCAUAGACACGGAUCAGGGAGCCAUCGACUACGCUUUUUCGGUGCACGCCGACGAGAAGACGGAUUUCGCCACGGCCAACGUGGAAGACUUGAACACUUUCGAACUUAAAUGGGGCGGCCGUUUUGACUGGCUAUUCUCGUCGCACGCGCUGCUCUUCGUGAAGGAUCAGCCCAAAGCGCUUAGGAACUUAAUGUGGUGUCUGAGGCCAGGGGGUAGAUGCUUCAUCGCAGUGCCCGCAGCAAAGCCGUCAGAUCUUCACUCAGCAGCUGUCAAAGUGAUACAAUCCUCCACAUGGAGCAAGUACUUUGAGACAAUCCCAGAGCUGGUUGCAGACAUGGCAGAUAAAAACUUCAAUCGUCUGUGGUUCCAUCAUCCGCAAGCAGACCGCAUAUAUUCAGCACUCCUCGAACAAGUUGGCUAUGAAGUUUUGAAGACUAAGCAGCUGGAAUUCAAAUACAACUUUGCAUCAACUGCAGAAUAUAAAGAGUUCCUCGAGACAAUGUUUGCAAAGCCCAUUCAACUUGUACCAGACACAAAACGGCCAACAUUUGUUCGUGAACUUGCAAAGGCUGCACUGAAGAAGAUGAAGAAGAAUAAAGAUGGCACUUACACUUGGAUUGUAAAGUAUGUGCUCGUCCUAGCUAGAAGGCCAGAGCUACUUUAAGGGGCAGCCAUAAACCUUUGUUCAGGUGACAUUACUUCUGUCUUUCUAAGUGCUGAAGAGGAAUACUCAAAAUGUCAAAACACUGCCACUCUCAAUGCUCUAGCAACACUGGCUGUCUUAUGGUACAUUUUACUGGUCACCUUUGAGCGCUCGGAACACAUUCACCUGGUUCAUUCAGAGCACUAUGCUCCAGCUCAGAGCACUUGGACGCACUCCGGAAGUGCAACUGAGACACGAGAUCACAUGGUUGCUCAGAUUGCUCUGGGAGCAGCUGAACGUUUGGCUGGGGCAGGCUUUCUUUGGCUUUAAUCUCGAGAAGGAUCUGCAUCACUGCAAACCAACUUGAAGCGUGGUAGGAACCAGUUGAAGGUACCAUUAUAUUUACUUUUGUAGCAUUUGCCACUCUCAGCUUUGCAAGUUUCUGUACAGAUCGUAUAUGUGACUACUUCUACAUUUGAUUUUACAUUCAAACAAUGUAGUAAUCUCUGAGCGCAUACAGCAAAGGCACCAUAGUUGGUGACAGUAAGUUUUCUGUUGUAGAAAUGAGAAAUGUAAUGUUGCAUUAGAAAUAAAGACAGGCUUUUCAAUAAAACCUUUAAACUUCGACAUCUAGGGUAUGUAUGCUUUUGGUGUUUAAUAAAAAUGUUCCAAAGAGCGCAA